CUGGACUGACACCAUGACUUAGGGGGUGCGUUGCCGCGGUCGCAGGUCGGACAGGCGAGUCGUGCGUGCUCUGGGCUCGAAGCGACGAGCGGGGGACAGUCUCGGCGCGGCCACCCCUUCGCCGCGCGCGGACAAGAGGUCUGUGUCCCUGCCUCUUCCCGGUGUGCCUCCUGCUUCCUGCGCUGCAAGCGGCCCCGGGGCCGAAGAACCCCUUCCAGAAGUUCUCUCGGCCUCCGGCCGCCUCCCCACAAUCUCUCGCCGCAGGUGCUCGCGCACGUGGGGAGCAGCUCGCGCAGGUGGCGACGGGGUGCGGUCGAUGAGGCGCAGCCUGAGGAAGAUGCUGAGCCCUGGGGGUAAGCAGGAGCCCCAGGGCGCAGUCUACCAGGGCGUGGAGAACGGCAUGGACGGCCGCAAGGACUCGCUGAAGGUGGUUUUUGAAGGAAGUACAUGUAGAUUUAACAACUUGAUGAAGAAACGAAAGAAGUUAAGCAAAUAUGAUGAUGUGAACGCAUCCCCUUUGCACCAUGCUGCAGAAGAAGGUCAAGUGCAGCUGAUGGGGAUGAUCAUCAAUGACUCCUCUUUUGAAGUGCUGAAUGUGAUGGAUGAUUACGGAAAUACCCCUCUGCACUGGGCCACAGAAAAAAACCAGGUUGAAAGUGUUAAGUUUCUUCUUAGCAAAGGAGCCAACCCAAACCUCCGAAACGGCAACAUGAUGGCUCCUCUUCACAUCGCUGUGCAGGGCUUACACAAUGAGGUGAUGAAGGUCUUGACUGAGCACAACAACACUAAUAUUAAUUUGGAAGGAGAAAAUGGAAACACAGCUGUGAUAAUCGCAUGCGCCAAAGAUAAUAGUGAAGCACUGCAAAUCUUGUUAAAUAAAGGAGCUAAGCCAUGUAAGGCAAAUAAAUGGGGAUGUUUCCCUAUUCAUCAGGCUGCAUUCUCAGGUGCCAAAAAAUGCAUGGAAAUAAUAUUAAAGUUUGGUGAGGAACAUGGAUAUAGCAGAGAGUCUCAUAUUAACUUUGUGAAUAAUGCAAAAGCUAGUCCCCUCCACAUGGCGGUUCAAAGUGGUGACUUGGAAAUGAUUAAAAUGUGCUUGGACAAUGGCGCACAGUUGGAUCUGAUGGAAAAUGGAAAGUGCACACCCCUUCACUUUGCUGCCACCCAGGGAGCCACUGAGAUUGUUAAAUUGAUGAUAUCUUCCUAUUCUGGUAGCAGUGAUAUCGUCAAUGCAGUGGAUGGAAAUCAGGAGACACUCCUUCACAGAGCCUCAUUAUUUGAUCACCAUGAACUGGCAGACUACUUAAUUUCAGUGGGAGCAGAUAUCAAUAGCACUGAUUCGGAAGGACGUUCUCCACUUAUAUUAGCAACUGCUUCUGCAUCUUGGAAUAUUGUAAAUUUGCUACUGUCUAAAGGUGCCCAUGUAGAUAUAAAAGAUCACCUUGGACGUAAUUUUUUGCAUUUGACUGUACAGCAACCUCAUGGAUUAAAAAAUCUGCAACCUGAGUUUAUGCAGAUGCAACAUAUUAAAAAGCUGGUAAUGGAUGAAGAUGAUGACGGGUGUACUCCUCUACAUUAUGCAUGUAGACACGGGAUUCCUAUCUCUGUAGAUAACCUCCUUGACUUUAAUGUGUCCAUUCAUUCCAAAAGCAAAGAUAAGAAAUCACCCUUACAUUUUGCAGCCAGUUACGGGCGUAUCAACACCUGUCAGAGGCUUCUGCAAGAUAUGAAUGACACGAGGCUUUUGAAUGAAGGUGACCUCCAUGGAAUGACGCCUUUGCACCUGGCUGCAAAAAAUGGGCAUGAUAAGGUAGUUCAACUUCUUCUGAAAAAAGGUGCAUUAUUUCUCAGUGACCACAGUGGCUGGACUGCUUUGCAUCAUGCUUCCUUGGGUGGGUACACUCAGACCAUGAAGGUUAUUCUUGACACUAACAUGAAGUGCACAGAUCAGCUAGAUGAAGAAGGGAACACAGCACUGCACUUUGCUGCAAGGGAAGGCCAUGCCAAAGCCGUCGCACUUCUUUUGAGUUAUGAUGCUGACAUCGUCCUGAACAAGCAGCAGGCCUCCUUUUUGCAUGUUGCAAUUCACAAUAAGAGGAAGGACGUGGUUCUUACGACCAUCAAGAACAAAAGAUGGGAAGAAUGCCUUAAGGUUUUUAGUCAUUAUUCUCCAAGCAAUAAAUGUCCAGUUAUGGAAAUGGUAGAAUACCUCCCUGAAUGCAUGAAGGUCCUUUUAGAUUGUUGCAUGAUGCCCUCCAAAAGAGACAAGUCCUGCCAAGACUAUUAUAUUGAGUAUAAUUUCAGGUAUCUUCAGUGUCCAUUAGAAUUUACCAAGAAAGUAACACCUGCACAGGAUGUUACAUAUGAGCCUCUUACAACCCUCAACGCAAUGGUACAACAUAACCGCAUAGAGCUUCUCAAUCAUCCUGUAUGUAAAGAAUAUUUACUUAUGAAAUGGUUGGCUUAUGGGUUUAGAGCCCAUAUUAUGAACCUAGGAUCUUACUGUCUUGGUCUCCUGCCUAUGACCUUUCUUGUUGUCAGUAUAAAGCCAGGUAUGGCUUUCAACUCAACUGGAAUCAUCAAUGAAACUAGUGAUCAUUCAGAAAUAUUAGACACCAAGAAUUCCUAUUCUAUAAAAGUUUGUAUGAUUUUAGUUUUUUUAUCAAGUAUAUUUGGAUAUUGCAAAGAAGUGGUCCAAAUUUUCCAACAGAAAAGGAAUUACAUCUUGGAUAAUGCCAAUGGAGCUGAAUGGAUUAUCUACACAACAAGUAUCAUUUUUGUGUCACCCUUAUUCAUUGGUAUACCAGCUUAUGUGCAGUGGCAAUGUGGAGCGAUUGCUAUAUACUUGUACUGGAUGAACUUCUUACUGUAUCUCCAAAGAUUUGAAAAUUGUGGAAUUUUCAUCGUUAUGUUGGAGGUAAUUAUGAAAACUCUGUUGAGGUCUACAGUCGUGUUUGUCUUCCUACUUUUGGCUUUUGGCCUCAGUUUCUACGUCCUCCUGAGUAUACAGGAUGCUUUCAGCUCUCCAUUGCUUUCUAUAAUCCAGACCUUCAGCAUGAUGCUAGGAGAUAUUAAUUACCGCGAUGCCUUCCUAGAACCAUUUUUGAGAAAUGAAUUGGUAUAUCCAGUUCUGUCUUUUGCACAGCUUAUUGCCUUCACAAUGUUUGUCCCAAUUGUGCUCAUGAAUUUACUUAUUGGGUUGGCAGUUGGUGACAUUGCAGAAGUCCAGAAGCACGCAUUGUUGAAGAGGAUUGCUAUGCAGGUGGAACUUCAUACCAGCUUAGAGAAGAAGCUGCCACUGUGGUUCCUACGCAAAGUAGAUCAGAAAUCCAUCAUCGUGUAUCCCAACAGACCCAGGUGUACAGGGUUAUUAGCUAUAUUUCAUUUUAUUUUUUAUACCCAAGAAGAAAGGCAGGAAAUUCCAAAUGUUGACACAUCUCUGGAAACAGAAAUAUUGAAGCAGAAAUAUCGGCUGAAGGAUCUCACUUCUCUUGUGGAGAAACAGCAUGAGCUUAUUAAACUCAUCAUUCAGAAGAUGGAAAUCAUCUCUGAGACAGAGGAUGAAGACAACCAUCAUUCUUUUCAAGACAGGUUUAAAAAAGAGCAGUUAGAACAAAGGAAUAGCAAAUGGAAUUCUGUGUUGAAAGCAGUAAAGGCAAAAACACACUGCCCUUAGCCUGCAACGGGGUUUCCUAUCGUGGGGGCGGUGGUUUGCAGGACCCUAUUGGGUCUCAUUUCCAGUUUGGAAAGAGUGAGGAAAAAGUAGAAAUAGGAUUAUGAUUUCAUGAUUUGCAAAAUGGUGGUUCCUGCAUUCUUUGUAAAGAAACUACAUCUCUCUUUUCAUAUUUUAUGCCAGUUACUAUGUAUAGAGAAUGUCUUUGCUAGUAAGUUCAAGUUGUACUUCACUCCUCAUUAUUUGAAUGGGUAGAAAACUAAUUUGGUAGAACACAAAUUUUAAUAAGAAGUAAAUGCAACUGUUAAAUGUAACACAAAUGUUAAUACUGGAUUCCUGCUUGAUAAUUGUAUAAUAUUCAUAUUACCUGAUUACCUAUUAUAUGAUGUACAAGUACAUCAUAUAAUAAAAUAUUAGGUUAUACCAUUCAGGUACGUGUUUUUGGUGUUGGAAGAACCUGUGUGUGGAACGCUGUGUCCUCUGUUCCAACUAUAAGAAAUUGCCACACCCUUCUUGUUGCUCCUAACAAACCUGAUGUCACUCUGAGUUGGGAUUCAAAUAGACCUUAUGAUAUGCAUGGGUUUUACUAUGGAUAUAGAUAGUAUAUGUUAUUUCUGUAUUUUUGGUUUGCUAAUAAUCAUAAUAAAUGUAAAGCCUAUAUAGUCACCUCA